AUGAAGAUUCUGUAUUGGAACAUUCGGGGUGUUAGGAAGGCAGCAGGGUUGUGCGCUUUACGUCUUCUGGUGAAGGAGCAUGCCCCGGAUGUGUUAUGCUUGGCUGAACCCAUGGUUCAGGUAUGUAAAUUUCCUGUUAUUUUCUUUAGUCGGUUGGGGUAUGCUGUGGAUUUCAUUCAUAAUUUUCGGGAUGACAAAGUCCCAAAUUUAUGGAUUAUAUGGAAGUUGGGGGUUUCGAGACCAGUUGUUGCAGGUAUGUCUGAUCAAUAUAUAUCAGUCAUCUUUGAUUGGCCAGGUAGUAAAGUGGGUAUUUCUUUUGUACAUGCAAGUUCUUUUAAAAUUAUGCGGAGGCAAUUGUGGUUAGAUUUGGAGUUGCCGAUAUCAGCUUUGGUUCCGUGGUCUGUGAUGGGGGAUUUCAAUGCAACCCUGUUCUCGCAUGAGAAAAGAGGUCCUGGUAAGUUUAAUCUUGGAUCAGCUGCUGAAUUCCAGGCAAUGGUUGAUGCGUGUGAAUUGCUUUCUAUCCCUUCUCAGGGAAAGAAAUUCACUUGGACUAAUAAUCGUCGAAGGGGUAAUGCAGUUGCAGUGUUGGAUCGGAGUUUUUGUAAUGGGAAGUGGAUUGAUGUGUUUAGAAAUGUGAAGCAGCGUGUUUUGUUGUCUUCGGUAUCAGAUCAUGCCCCUUUAAUUGUUGUCUCUGAUGAUGUUCAAAGACCUACAAAUAUCCCCUUUAGAUUCCAUAGCUUUUGGAUGGAAAAUGAUCAAUUUAUCUCUGUGGUUGAGGAAGCUUGGAAAACUUCGAUAGGGGGUAAUCCAAUUUUCGUUUUGGCACAAAAAUUAAAGCAGGUCAAGGAGAAUUUAAAGGUUUGGGCGAGGGCCAAUUUUCCUAACCUGAAUGAUGAGGUCGAUAAAGCAAAGCUGGAAUUAAAGAAGGUUCAAGAUAUGAUAGAGGUGGCUGGGAUGAAUGAUGAAUUAUUUAACAGAGAGGCAGAUGCAAAAACAGUAUUAUUGAAGGCCAACCAAAUGUACGAGAAGUUGUGGGCUGAAAAAGCUAAACUGAGAUGGAUGAAAAAUGGAGAUUGUAACUCGAAGAUUUUUCAUCUCUCCGUGAAGCUUAGGAGGUUGAAAAAUCAGAUCACCUCCCUAAAAAAGGAAGAUGGAACUUGGGUUUCAUACCAACAGGGAAUAUCGUUUUAUGUCGCUGAUUUUUUUGAGAAAUUUCAUGAGGCUGAUGAAAUCACGGUUCAUAAUGACCUUCUUGAUAAUAUUCCCAGAGUGUUGGAGGAGGAGGACGUGGCAGGAUUGGAGAUUGUCCCGAGUGGGGACGAAAUAAAACAAGCUGUUUGGGAUUUAGAUCCUGUAAGCUCUCCAGGUCCUGAUGGGUUCCCAGGUAGUUUCUUCAGGCGAUGUUGGACUAUUGUUGAGGGUGAUUUUUGCAGGGCAGUGAAAAAAUUCUUUGAGGAAGGGCGGCUUCCUAAAGGAAUAAAUAACUGCUUUAUUUCCUUGAUCCCAAAGUUGAGGGGGCGGCCUCUCUAG